AUGACUCGGUUAUCAACAAACACUUUAAUAAAAAUCGCAGCUUGGGGUGGUAUCAUUGUAAGUACGACUGGAUUUUAUUUGCAAACCGUGCUGAUAGACAGGGUAAGAAAUUUUGAUUACUAUAAAGCUGCAUUAAAGACACUAAGAAGUCAUGCCGGUGCUGUGUACUAUUUAGGAGAACCAAUUAAAGAUAAAAGAUUUUCAAUAUCUGAUUCUGAAAAUAAUUUUUCUGACGGCCAAACUGCUAGAUUUCGUGUACCCGUCACUGGCACUAAAGACAAAGGACAACUAAAGGAAGGUAUUAAGAGUUUCAAAAUGUUUGUUGGGACAGCGAAAGAAAAGUUUUAUUAUCACAAUACUUUACUAUGUUUAGUAAAAGCUUUACAAAAUCAGAGCACACUUGUGGAUCUUCGUAAUGAUUCUUAUGUCUGUGGUGUUAUCUCUACAGUAGACGGUUUUAUGAAUAUUUCCAUGACAAAUGUAGUGUAUUGUGAUCAACAAGGGAAUGAGUACACAUUUGAAAAUUUGUUUAUACAUGCUCGUAAUAUAAGAUAUGUGCAUGUACCUCAAUCAGCUUCAAUCAUAACAACUAUACGAAAUGAGUUGACUCAAACAAAACAGAAAGUUCCAAAAACCUCUGUUGAAAAAUCUAGAAAAGCAAAGAAAGCUCUUAAGCUGCAUAUGGAAACUGUAGCGUCUAUUUAA